CGGAACAACGAUCGAUGCGCGAAAACCCACGUCCUUGCCGCAGCACAGUACCGUACGGUACGAUACGGUACGUACGGCACCGAUGGAUUCUUUUCGAUUCGGAGGAUUGGAACCCUCGGCAGCACCGCCCUCCUUCGAAAAAAGAAAGCAAGCAAGAAAGAAAGAAACACAAGCCCCCAUCCAUCCAGCAACCAACAACACGGUUGCCUUGCCAAGGGAAACACACCUUUCUUCGAAAGACACCGAUACAGUUCCAACAAGUCGAUUCGUUCACCGAUUCGGUACGAAAGGACAACGGAAACAAACAGACACAGGCAUCGAAUCGAAGCGACGGCACGUUCCACAGAGCGCCGUGCAUUCCGGUUCGACACAACAACACAAUUCUUGGCGAACGGAAAGGAACGGAACGGAACGACCCAUUGAACACCCGUGGCCUUCCACACACCAAACAACACAACAACACAACAACACCGCCCGUAUCCCAGCGCGAGCGCAAACCCAAACCCGCCCGAGUCCGAAAGAAACCACGGCGCCAUGUUCCGGAAAAAGAAAAACAAAAAGGCCGACCUCGUCGCCGAAAUCGACACCCUGGGCCACCAGGAGGACAACGUUGCCAACGCCAGGGUGAUCAAGGCCAAAAAAUCCCCCCGCGGAGGCUUCAAGUCCCCCAAGGCCGCGGACAACAUGGGAGGCCUCAAGUCGCUGACCACCAGCGCGGACGGGACCCUCACGGAGGAGUGGGACCCCUACCUUCCAAGGCCCCCCUCCAUGAAGCACAUCGACCCGGCCGACCUGGUCGACGAAAACGCCGAGCAGGUCGCCGUCUUCAACGCCAACACCCACGAGGGGUCGACCAUGGUCCGGGUCCUGUCCGAGAAGGGGCUGCGGGUGGUGGCCGCCGUCCGGGUCUUCACGUCCCGGAACACCAAGGCCCUCAUCAAGCUCAAGGGCGUCACCGUCAAGGUCGCCGACUGGAACGACGAGUCCUCCCUCCUCAAGGUGGCCUCGGGCUGCUCCCGGGCCUUUCUGGUCACCAAGUACUGGGAGCGCUUCGACUCGAAGAUCGAGGAGCAGAUGGCCGUCAACAUACUGCGGGCCUGCGCCCACGCCGACCCCCCCAUAAAGCACCUGGUCCUGGCGACCUUCGAGGACACCCGGGAGCUCAUCUCCCGGAACCGCAAGUCCCAGCUGGUCCCGACGACCGAGGGAAAGAUCUAUCCGCGCUUCGAGGGCAAGAAGCCGAUCGACGACAAGGCCAAGGAGUGGAAGGUCCAGAUCACCCACAUGAUGACCUCCUACAUGGACGACGGCCCAAACAAGCGCAAGUCCCUGAUCCUCAUCCGGGGCGACACCGGCCGGAUCCUCGUCCAGCCGCACAUCGUGGGCGCGUGAGCCAAGGCAUGGCAGCGCCGUCGCUGCGUGCGGUUUGUGAGCGAGCGAGCGAGUGAGUGAGUGAGUGUGAGUGUGUGUCUUUGGAGCCGCGCUGCGCGUCGGUUGUGGUUUCACCCUACGGUACCGGGCGACGGAUUUUGGUGCGUUUCGAUGCGAUGCGAUGCGAUGCGAAGCGAUGCGGUACGGGGCAAUUGCGAGACCGAGAGAGACAAAGAGAACGAUCUAUCAUAAUGCGAUAGGAUACUAUUAAUUG